AUGGCGGUUGCAACUGCCGCCAUCGAAUUGCCCAAGGAGCUUCAGCACCUCCCAGGCCGGCUGGUUCGCUUUUUUACUCGCUACCCUCCGCACCUCUAUUCCGCAAAACACACCGGCGUUGCUCUGCCGUUAACGCGGCGGGAAGCCAAAGAAGGGAAGCUUGUAGCCCUGGAGUCGAAGAAAGCUCCGUCACCCAAAAAGUCGAAAAUCAAUCAAUCUGAAGGUCAAACGACAGAGGCUAUCGUCCCCGAAUCAUCUUCAUCCACAGUCAAUGCGUCUGCCCCUUCGCAAACUUCCGUCACCUCAGAAACUCCAGCCACUUCAGAUCCCACCAUACCGGCCGAGACAUCAACCCCAAUACCAACAACCUCCAGCACCGGCCGUGCGAUUGACGGCCUCACGCGAGCCACACGCUUCCCGCCUAACCCAUUCCUUCCCUUCCGCAACCCCACGACGGGACGCUGGGCCGGCGCGCGUAUCUCCUUGCGUACUCAAGCCGACCUUGUCAAGCUGGCGAAGAAGCACAGUAUCGAAAACCUACUACCGCCAGGCCGAAAAUCUACCGUCUUCAAAGAGGAGAGGGUGUUGCACCGGGGACUGAGGGUGAAGGGUACGGGCGAGGGCCAGCAGGUCAAGGGUCACCAGUGGGAGAGAAAGAUCCCAGCACUGCUGCAGAAGCGGCAAGAGGCGCUGGAGCAGAUGCCGGCCCUGGUGCGGGAGUGGCAGGCGAGGGGCCACGGGCGUGGCUGGAAGAAAUUCCCCAAGGUGAAAGGCCCUCGGUAG